CCUCAGCCCUUGGGAAUAGUCAGCUCGGUGGUUGGAAAGGUUUCUUCCCACUACCGGAGGGUAAAAACUAAGACGUGCCGGGUGCCAGCCGGGCGCGCUCCCACGGAGCCCAAAAGGCGAAAUCAAACGUGCACACGACUGUGGAGAGACUCUGGGUAAGGGACGCACCGCCAGAGCUGGCAGAAUGACUCGGAAAGGCGCUUCGAAGGAGCUGGGCCUGCCUGGGCGGAUAAGGAGGACUGUGUUGUGUUUUGCCCUCUGAUCGCGGAUGAGACGAAGCGUGCUCAGCAGUGCAACGCGUCCCCUGGAACAUGGAAACAAGAUUCCUCUGGGGGAAAACUUUACAAUUCGUCAGUACAAGUGUAUACACAGCGCCUGGAUGAACAGAGAUAUUCUGAGCACUGUCAAUGAAUUGGAUCAGUUCUGGAAUCCUAACAAGAUCACAUCUUUGACCAAAAUCAGUAUCUUGCACUAUCGUUAAUUAACCAAGGUGAUAUCUCUGAAGUAUAAAUCUGAUCUUCCUGCUUCCUUAAAACUCUUCAGCACCUCCUCCAUGGACCUCAGGCAUGCUGAUCCCAUUUUCAAAGAAGAAUUGCUUCCAGUUACUUUGUAACCUCAAGGUCCCAGCAACUGGCUUUAAAAGUACAGUCAAAAGUGGGCUCAUUUUACAGUCGGUGUCCAGUGAUGUGUACCAAAACCUGGCUGUGGAAGACUGGAUCCAUGAGCACAUGAACCUAGAAGGCAAGCCGGUUCUGUUCUUUUGGAGAAAUUCUCCCUCUGUUGUAAUCGGUAGGCAUCAGAAUCCUUGGCAGGAAUGUAACCUGAAUCUGAUGAGAGGAAAAGGUGUAAAACUGGCUCGGAGAAGAAGUGGAGGAGGCACAGUUUACCAUGAUAUGGGUAAUAUCAAUAUGACUUUUUUUACAACCAAAAAAAAGUAUAACCGGAUGGAAAAUCUAAAGUUAGUUGUGAGAGCUCUGAAUGCCGUCCAACCCCAGCUGGACGUGCAGCCUACCAAAAGGUUUGACCUUUUACUUGACGGACAAUUUAAAAUCUCAGGAACAGCUUCCAAGAUUGGCCGGACUGCUGCUUAUCACCAUUGCACUUUGUUAUGUAGUACCGAUGGGACCCUCUUGUCCUCUGUGCUCAAGAGCCCUUACCAGGGGAUCACGAGCAAUGCCACGGCUAGCAUACCUGCCUUAGUAAAAAGCCUGUUGGAAAAAGACCCCACUCUGACCAGUGAAGUACUGAUAAAUGCUGUUGCUGCAGAGUAUGCUGCUUAUCAUCAGAUUGAUAAUCACAUCAACCUGAUAAACCCGUCAGACGAGGCACAGUUUCCUGGAAUAAAUAGCAAAGCCAAAGAACUGCAGACUUGGGAAUGGAUCUAUGGCAAAACUCCAAAGUUCAGUAUAAAAACUUCCUUUAAUGUGCUUCAUGAACAGUCACACUUGGAAAUUAAAGUUCUCAUAGAUGUAAAGAAUGGGAGAAUUGAAACUUGUAACAUUGAAGCACCUGAUCACUGGUUGCCACUGGAAAUACGUGACAAAUUAAAUUCAAGUUUUAUUGGCAGUAAGUUUUGCCCAAUUGAAACUACUAUGCUGAUAAAUACAUUACAUAGAACAUGUCCAGAAGAUGACGAGCUACACAGUAAGUGGAAUAUUCUCUGUGAAAAAAUUAAGGGAAUAAUGUGAUUGCACAGAAGUUAAUAUUGACAGCAGGUUCAUUGAGAAAAUUAAAAUUUUCAGUGUACAUUGUAUGUGUCUUAAAAUUAAAAGGGCCUAGUCUUUUUCAGUAACUUCUCCCAUUUGUGUCUAUCACCUACCCUUGUCCGUAUUUUCUGACCUCCCAGAUACUGUCUCUUUCCUCCCUAACUGUAAUGCCUGGCGUGCAUUUAUAUUUUAGCUCCUGCCUCUCUUACCAUCUUGGGAGUGUUUACAUUGGACACUCUGACCUGAGUUCUUUUUCUUACCUCUGAGGAAUACAACCCAGGCUUCUUGCCACCUCUACCUUAAACUCUAAAUUCUCCGUUUGUUCUGUCUUCUUAUCUGCCCGCCCUCUCCCACUGAAUCAAGCCUAGUGUACUCUUAGGAGCCCUGAGCUCUUCCUAACCUUGGUUCACCUCCCACUGACUUAUUUAGCCAUUCUUAUGCCCAGAUAUUCUUUAAAAAAAUGUGUAGCUUUGUCUUUAUAGCUUGUCAAGCAAGUCUCCUACUGUAGUCUCUUUUGUCAUUUAAUUUAUAAAUUAACUUAGAGAGAACUGACAUCUUACUAAGCCUUGCCAUUCAGGAAUAGAAUUUGUCUCUUCAGUUACUCUAGUUUUCUUUUAUACCCUUCUGUAAAGCUUAUAGUUUUUUUUUUAAUAUAGUUCUUGCACAUUUCUCGAUAUGUUUAAUAGGUAAACUUGCAUCUGGUAUCCUUCUGGUAGUCUAAUUGGAUCUGGGGAUAGAACUUCAAAUAUUUAGAACAAUGGAUGGAAUGUCUGUACACUCUCUUCCUUAAAUACCAUUAUCUCUUAGGCAGAAUUUCUAUGAGUUGAAUAAAAGCUAACUUCACAGGGU